AUGGGCCUCGUCGUCGGUGUCCUCGCCCACGUCUGCCUCUUCAUCCGCGGCGAGUGGCACCUCCAGACCCCCCAGAUUGCCCUCUCCCACAGCGCCCUCUACCUCGCGUGCCCUGCGCUCGCCGCCGUCUGCCGCGGCUCGGUCCUCUGCGGGCUCCUCGACAUGGUGGCGCGCGGCAGUUGGGGCUACCUGCCGGGCCUCGUCGGCAGCAUCGUCCUGUACCGCGUCUUCUUCCACCCCCUGACCGCCGCCGGCUUCCCCGGGCCGUGGUACGCGCGCGUCUCCAAGCUGUGGCACGUCUGGGCUGCCAGGCACUCCAAGAACCACCUUGUGCUUGCCCAUCUGCAUGCCAAGUAUGGCGACUUUGUGAGGACCGGCCCGGCCGAGGUGACCGUCUUCCAUCCCGACGUCUUCGUGGCCCUGGAGUCGCCUCGCUCCGAGUGCAUCAAAGCCGACUGGUACGAUCUGAUACACCCCAGCCUCGGCCUCGUCACGGUCCGCGACAAGUCGGUCCACGCCGCUCGCCGUCGAGAAUGGAACCGCGGCUUCACCGCCAAGGCCGUGGCGGAGCACGAGGCCAAGAUGCUGAAGCACGUCGACCAGCUUGACCGGUGCAUCGAGGCCGAUGCCAGGGCCCGCAGGGUCUCCGACGUGCGCGACCUGCUUCUGUGGUUUGGCCUCGACGCCAUGAGCGACUUCACCUUCAGCAGGUCCUUUCGCAUGCUGCAGGCCCGCGACUGGCACUACAUGGUCCCCAAGCUGCUGAGCGCCUUCUCCCUCGUCGGGCCCCUGAGCCCGGCCCCGUGGCUCUUCCAGCUCAGCUUCAAGCUGGGGCCCCGGGUCGGCGUGCUCGGGGACUGGUUCGACGCCGUCGCCUGGAGCAGCGCGCAGAUGCACCAUCGGAUCCAGAGUGGCAGCUCUGGCCAGACUCCGGACUUGGUGCAUUACUUGAUGGAAGGCGAUGCCGACGCCAAGGACGAGGACAGGCGCCUCUGGCUGGAGGGAGACAGCCUGGUUGCCAUUCUGGCUGGGAGCGAGCCCACGGCCGUUGCCCUGACGGCCGUCUUCUGCGAGCUUGCCAAGCACCCCGAGCACGCCCACAAGAUCUACCUGGAGCUCGCCCAUGUCCACGUCACCGACCUCGCGGCCCUGGCCGGGCUGGCCCACCUCAACGCGGUCAUCAAGGAGGCGCAUCGUCUGUAUCCUGCCCUGCUCACCGCCGGCAACCGAAAGACUACGGCCAGGGGCAUCGAUAUCGCAGGCACAUUCAUCCCUCCCAACACCACCAUUGUCGCUCCUCGAUUCUCCAUUGCGAGAAGAGACGACUGCUUCGAGAAGCCUCACGACUUUGUUCCCGAGCGGUGGACUACGCGUCCCGAAAUGAUCCUCAACAUGGCCGCCUACAACCCAUUUGGCAUAGGCCAUCGCUCUUGUGUCGGUCGCUCCAUGGCCAUGGACACGAUGAGAUACGUCGUUGCAAGGCUCGUCAAGAAGUACGAAUUCCAUGCCGGGCCGGGCGACGACAACCUGCGCGUGAUGGAAGACAUCAAGGACCGGUUUACGCCUCGACCGGGGGCAUUGCGGCUAUGUUUCGUGCCAAGGGACGAGGCAUGA